GGUAAGCGCCCAAUCGAGACGACCGAGCGAAUCGGGGAGGGGGACCGGAAGUCGCCCCGCCCCGGCGCCCUACGUCACUUCCGCUCCCGCCCCCUCCGCCACUUCCGCUUCCGCCUCCGCUCCCUCCGCCUGCGGGGCCCCGCGCUCCGCUCCCGGGCCCCACCCGACCCCCCCCCCCGGCCGGAGAGGUGAGCGGGAGCUGGCCAGAGGCAGGGGGAACCUUGCCAGGGACAAGAAGGAGACGGGACAGCCGCAUCUGGAGUGAGGCUUCCUCUGCGCCGGACGGACGAUGGCCGCGGAGCCCGGGGGAGGCCUAGCACCUCAGGGCGAGGAGGGGAGCCCAAAGGUCCCAGACUACUUGCAGGCCCAGGAAGAGCAGGCGGAGGAGUCCGAGUUCCCGGACCCCGCAGAGCUCCAACCGGAGGAAUCGAUCCAGGAGCCGGGGAUGGAGAGUCCUCUCCCAGCACCGCCGGAGCAGCUGACCUCGAGCCCUAGCAAGGAGCUUCAGGCCCCGGAGGAUAACGCUCUGCCUGCCCCUUGGAGCCCGGGCUUCUCCCGGCCAGGAAGCACCAGAGAUCGGGAAAUGGCAGCCGCCCUCCUUAGCGCCUGGGCUCAGAUGCCGGUGAUGUUUGAGGAUGUGGCCAUGUACCUGUCCCGAGAGGAGUGGGGGCAGCUGAACGCCACUCAGCGUGGCUUCUACAAGGAUGUCCUGCAAAAGUGGAACGGGUUGUCCUGGGGUUUCCCCUUGAGCAGACCUUCCUGGAUCGCCCAGCCGGAGGGAAGGGGAGAGCCGUCCGGCGCCCAUCGGCGGAGCCCGGAGGAGAAAAGUGCCGCCUGCUCAGAACAGAGGCACCGCGCCGCCUCCGUCCCGGCCCACGAUUCUCACGUCCCCGACCCGCCGCCGCCGCCGGGUCCCCUCGUUCUCCCCGGAGACAGCCCCCCUGCGGAUGCCCUCUCCCCCACCAAAGCCGGCGGACUCGAGGGGGAGCGGCCCGCUCGGCCAGCGGGAGAGGCCGAGGAAGGGAAGCCGCCCGAGGCCGGAGCCGGGAAGGCCCGGGCCCCGGAGCCCGGCGCCGGCCCGGAACAGGCCAGGCCGGCGGGCCGGCGGCGGAGGCGGUCGGCCCCGCCCCAGGGGAAGCCCCCGCCGCCUCCCGUCCCCGAGAAGAGAGCCGAGCGCAGCCGCCGGGGCGGCCGAAGGGGAGCCGCAGCCACGGCCCCGGCCCCGGCCCCGGCCCCCGGCCCCCGCCCCGGCCGGGGCGCGGAGCCCGCGGCCCCCGGCCCCCCGGCCGCGCCCCCCAAGAAGACGUACCAGUGCGAGGAGUGCGGCAAGCGGUUCGGCUGGCACUCGCACCUGGUGACCCACCGGCGCAUCCACACGGGCGAGAAGCCGUACACCUGCACGGGCUGCGGCAAGCGGUUCAGCCGCAGCUCCCACCUCGUCCAGCACCGGAUCAUCCACACCGGGGAGAAGCCCUACACCUGCCCCCACUGCUGGAAGAGCUUCAGCCACCACUCCACCCUCAUCCAGCACCAGCGCAUCCACACGGGCGAGAGGCCCCACACCUGCGACCGCUGCGGCAAGCGCUUCACCCGCCGCUCGGACCUGGUGACCCACCAGGGCACCCACACGGGCGCCAAGCCCCACAAGUGCCCCGAGUGCGACAAGGCCUUCACCCAGAGCUCCGCCCUGGCCACCCACCAGCGCACCCACACCGGGGUCAAGCCCUACCCCUGCCCCGACUGCGGCAAGGGCUUCAGCCAGCGCUCCAACCUCAUCGCCCACCGCCGCACGCACACCGGCGAGAAGCCCUACGUCUGCGGCGACUGCGGCAAGAACUUCAGCCACAGCUCCCACCUGACGGCCCACCAGCGCACCCACCGCGGCGUCCGGCCCUACCCGUGCCCCGUCUGCGCCAAGAGCUUCAGCCGCCGCUCCAACCUGCUCCGCCACCAGAAGGUCCACGCCGGCCCGGAGGCCCUGGCCGUGCUGAUGCUGGGGGCGGCCGCCGCCGCGGCCCUGGCUUCCCCGGCCACCCCCGCCCCGACCUGAGGCGGCCGGGGCCCGCGGGGGAGCCCGGGA